AUGGCUGAUUAUUCCCAUUCCCGCCAACUAUCUUCAGAAAGUCCAAUGGCAGCCUCGGCUCCUCAAAGUCUUCGAAAUAGUUCAACAAAUAUUUCAGGUAUGAUCAGCUCCUCCACACCAGAUCUCUUUUUGACUUCCCUUUCUCCUCAGAAACAAUCCAAAAUAUCUCAUGGAUCUCGAUUAAAUCAUCAUAAUCAAAACCAAUAUCAAAACACCUCAACAACAACAAGUCCUAUCCUUACUAAAACUCAUAAUCAUUCCUUUUCUACAGGCUCACAAUCAUCAAUCCCUUCUUGGAAAGAUCUCAUUCCUCCAAUGCCUUCUCACUCGUCUCCAAGUAGUUCGCCCUACCAGAGUUUAGAACACAUACCUGCUAGUAGACCCCAUAAGCAGCUUCAACAAACAAAUCAGAAAUAUUGGCUGCUGCCUGGGCCUCGACAACAACAACAACAACAACAACAGGUGCAUAUCCAACAACCGCUGUAUCCUACGCCUGCAUUAAAAGCUGUUGAUCCUGCUAACGAGUUUGAUUUCACUGGCAACAAUCACUCUGCAAAUGUUUCGACGUCAUUGCAGAACCCUUUCAAUAAGGAUUUGACUAACACAAGAGCUCAAUAUCAAAAUCAUUUACAGCAACAACAACAGUAUCAUUACCAAAAGCAGCAACAGCAACAGCAGCAACAACAACAACAACAACAGCAGUCACGGCUGCAACUCCAACCACAACAACACCUGCAACAACUGCAAUCACAGUUGCUACAAAGAUUACAACAGGCACAACAAACAGCAACUCCAGUCGAACUUCCCACGGUUCCUCCCCCAGCAGCUCUCCCCGCCGAGCUGAAGAACGUAUCGAAUGGUGUUAAAUCGGUAAGGAAGAAUAGUGGUGACAAGAAACUGCCAAAAAUAUGCAAAAAAUGUAACUUGCCAAUUGUCAGCCAAUUUGUUCGAGCUCUAAACUCAACAUAUCAUGUUGAAUGCUUUGUGUGUAACACCUGUGGUAAACAAUGCUCUGCAAAGUUCUUUACCAUUGAUAAAGUUGAUAAUGAGAAGGGAACAAAGACUCGUGUUCCACUUUGUGAAUACGAUUACUUCCAACAAUUGGAUCUUAUAUGCUAUAGUUGUGAUAGUGCGCUUCGUGGGCCAUAUAUCACAGCCUUGGGACGUAAAUACCAUUUGGAUCAUUUCAAAUGUGCAGUGUGCAAGCGAGUAUUCAAAUCAGAAGAAUCGUUUUAUGAACAUGAUGAUGAAAUAUAUUGUCAUUUCCAUUAUUCAGUUUUUUAUGCUCUGAGUUGUCAAGGUUGUGGAAUGCUGAUUGUAAAGCAGUUUGUUGAGUUAUUUAGAGGUGGGAAAAACCAGCAAUGGCAUCCGGAAUGUUAUAUGGUUCAUAAGUUUUGGAAUGUUGCCAUUACCUCAGAAUAUGUUGGUCUUUCUCAUGCUGGAGCCAUUGAUGUGGAAAACUUGAAAUCAAACGAAGUAUCUUCUGAUACUCUUAUAUCUAUUCAAAAUCAAAUAGAUUUUACAGUGUUGGAUAUUUGGCGUACUUUACUGAACUUUGAGGAGAGAACAGCUGCUUGUAUUUCAGGUAUGCUUCUACUGGCUUGUACUUGCAAUCAAGCAAAAGGGAUGGUAAUUGCUUCACAAUUAAUUUUGAGUAUAGAAAUUUUAUUCAAAGGUAUUGAUGCUGUGACACUUUUAUGCAUGAAGUCUCAUGGAUUGGUUCCAAAAGUUGAGUUGGAUCUCGAUGAUUCUGAGCUUGAAAAGGAUAAUAAAGAGAAACUUUUGUCCUCUGAUUCUAUUUGGACUUAUUAUCAACCAUUAAAGAAGGAACCUAGAAAUCUUUCAGGGAAACUCAUGGGUUACUUUGCUAUACUUCGUAACUCUGCCAAAAUCCCUUUGUCAGGAAGCUUAUCUGCUGAAUUACUUUCGAUUAUCACAAGUUUGGCCCAUUAUUUGAAGCUACUUAUACGCAUGGGAUUGCAAAAUGCUCUCAAGGUGAACAAAUUAACCGGAACGGAUGAAGCCACUAAGAGCUUCCUUUCCAUAAUUAGCACUGGAGAAGCGUUCAACAAUGAUGUUGAACCUCUGCCAGCAACGAUUGCACUUAUGAACAAGGCAUUAGAAGUACCCAUGAAUGCAACAGAUAUUUGUAAGAGAUGUUCCAAGUAUGUGGAAAAGCAAUGCAUCAAUUAUAACUAUUCGAGGUGGCAUGUCAAGUGUUUCAAGUGUACCAAAUGUGGAAACCACAUUGAUUCUAUCAGGAAUGCAACUGAAAGUACCGAUAAGCAAUCAACACUAGAUGUUAAGGUGUAUUAUGAUGAAAAUGAGAUGUCAAUGUAUUGUGAUAAUUGUGGAAUCAAUUUAGGAUGUGAUAUUCCAAAGAAGUCGUUCCAGUAUAUCACAGAUCUUGAGCAGUUGACUUAUUUAUUGAAGAUUGCCAUUUCCAGAUCUCGUGCUACAAUGUGUAUAUCCAAUGAUGGUACCCAAGUACUAUCACAGAGCGUGCGAGGAAUGGAUACUGUGGAUGAAGAGCAGAUCAAUGUUGAUUACCGUAAGACCAUCAAAGAUGUAACCAGUUUAAGAUCCAAACGUCAAUCUCAAAAAUUACAGACAUCCAUGGAGAAAAAUGCCAGGAAAUCUAUUAUAUUGGACAUGCCACAAGCGGAUAAGGCUGAUACUUCUGAGAAUGAGGAUUCAUAUUCCAGCUCUCAUAGGUCCAGAAAUGUUAGUGGGACUUCAUUACUUUCUUAUAAGUCAAGAGAAGAAACAGAACAAUUCCAAGUUAAACCCAAGUCAUUGCUUAUACGAGAUGAACCUCAACGUAAACUUACAAACAGUCAUCUUGACCGAACAUCUGAUUUGUUACACAAUGAAAAGUCAUUGACAUUAGAUGAUAUUCCUCGAAUUGUGGCAGCUGAACAAGCAAGAGAACAGAGACCUAAUGCAUUCAAACAUAAUAAUUCCCUUCUACAGAAACCUUCACUUUCAGUUAAUGGCUUAACUCCCCCACUUGCAUCCCAAAGCGCAUUGGAACCUUCAAUAAAUGAGGUUUCUAAUGAUAGUGUCACCAAACAAUUAGCUGGUCCACUUGUAGCUACAAAGAAUGAUUUGUUACAGCCAUCAAGAGCUGGUUCGAGCAAGAUGAGCAGCAACGACAUUUCACAAUCCAAAUACUUUUCAGAACUCAGCAAGCAUGAGCAUUAUAUUUUAAGAUAUAUUGCUGUCGAAGCAUUAUCUACUGUUUAUUCUAAUUUGAACAAGGAAGAAAUGUUUGGUAUGAUUCAAUUGAAGAAGCAACUAAAUUUUUGGGAGAAGUUUAAGUUUGGAAGCAACAAGGAAAAAGCUCCUGGAGUUUUCGGAGUUGAUUUACAUGAUUUAACUCGGAAAUAUGGUACUGAAUCCGAUUUAGGAGUUGGCCCCUCAAAACUUAAAAUUCCUGCAAUUGUUGAUGAUAUUAUCGUUGCUCUUCGACUGAAAGAUGUAAGUGUUCAGUAUAUCUUCCGAUUGAAUGGUAAUAUUAAAAAAUUACGUCAAUUAACCGAAGAAGUCAACAAAUCACCUUCUAAAUCACCCAAUUUUGCCAACGAAACAGCCAUUCAAUUGGCUGCACUUUUAAAGAAAUGGUUACGUGAUUUACCUACUCCAUUAUUGACAUUUAACUUUUAUGAGCUAUGGCUUGGAUCACAAAUGGAGCCUGAUUUGAUCAAGAGGAAACGGAUUCUUCAAUUAGCAUACGCUUUACUUCCUAGAAGUAACCGGAACUUAUUGGAAGUAUUACUUUAUUUCUUCACCUGGGUUGCAUCAUUUGCUGAGAUAGACAAGGAGACAGGAUCUAAAAUGGAUAUCUUGAAUAUAUCCACCGUUAUUGCUCCUAAUAUCUUAUACAGUAAAGAGAAUAACUCCAUCGACGUUGGUCAUGAUGGGUCAGUGCCUGAUAUCGCCAGUGGAGAUAAGUAUUUCCUUUCCAUUGAAGUCAUCAAUCAACUCUUGGAGAUUCAUGAAGAACUUUGUAUUAUCCCCAGUGAUCUCUUAGCAUUCUAUGAUAAGUGUGGGUUUGGGAAUUCAACAGGCAGUAUGAGUUCGAAGGAGAUCAUCAAUAAAAUUGAGAAGACUCUUAAGGAAGAACCUGAUUACUUUGAACGGUAUAUUUAUAAUGAACCUUUCAAUCACUUAGGAAGGUCACCUAUUCAAAUUAAUAGUGGUAGUGUCAGAGGACGGUUGCGACCUAAUGAUGAAGGUCUGAAAAAGGCUCAUAGUCCUUUACGAGAGUACAGUCAGUGA